UGCAAACAGAACAUGGAAAAGCUGCGACAGCUGGGAAAACAGAAUGCGAAAAAGCUCAGACAGCGGGGAAAACAGAAUGCAAAAAAGCUACGACAGUGGUGCAAACAGAACACGAAAAAGUUACGACAGUGGUGCAAACAGAACAUGGAAAAGCUGCGACAGCUGGGAAAACAGAAUGUGAAAAAGCUCCGACAGCGGGGCAAACAGAAUGCGAAAAAGCUAUGACAGUGGCGCAGAGAGAACACAAAAAAGCUGUGACAGUGGUGCAAGCUCAGACUCAAACAAAAAAACGCAAAGUCAACAAUAAAGUCACGCAAACGCCAAUCGUUUUUCAGCGCAACCAUGAAACACAGACUGAAAGCGUAGACUUUGUUCUGCCAAGUCAAGAAGACACCACUGAAAAAACUCAGCCUGUCCAAACUCGACUUCAUGAAGACAUUAACACCAACCCCACGGAGAAACACCCUGAUCUCACUGUUAGGUCACAGCUGCAAGAAGAAAAGACGGUUCAGACUCAGGUAAAACUGAACAGUGACGCAGACAAUAAAACUAAAGAUUGCACCACAGAGAACACAACACAAGAGACGUUUUCCAAAUGUACGGUUGACCCGCAAAAAGGAAAAGGUGUCAACCUAAAAUCCUAUGCCACAGCAGUGUCUGCAGAGGGGAAGAGUCACAAACAGCACAAUCUGGAAAAAACAGACAACAAUGCCACAACAUCUCAAAGACGUGAUCGAAGUCCAGUGAGACCUCCACCUGGUGACCCCACAUUCACCUUUCACAUCUACGCCGUGCUGGAUAAAAAGUUUCGAUUCAACCAGGAACACGACACGCUAAUGUUGUUUCAUGAAGCAGGACAUAUCCUGCUGAAAAUUACAUAUUUUGUUGGUCUACAACAGGGUGGUUAUUUGGUUGAAGCAACAUUUUCAGUUGCGGAACAGCAGCUGAGCAGAGGAGUGCAGUUGCCCUACAAGUACGGCAUAAAACAACGACACAGAGAUAUUUUUGAGACGGCUGCCAGGAGAAGGAUUUGGAUUCCUGUGGAAACAAAUGUUAAAGACUUGCAUCUUUAUGAAGGCUUCAUUGGUCGUGCCGACACCGGUUCCAUCAACUGGUUUCAAAUGAGGAUUUCUGCCAUUGGCUGGAGGAAAACAAAGGGAGUGGAGAUUUGUGAAGCUUGGCAAGCCUCAGCCAGCACGCUGCUCAACAGAAUCUUCCAGAAAUGGUCUCCACACAACAAAGAGAACACUGCAAGGUUGUGUGAGAAACUGAUGAACGUCAUGGCUAGCCUUGGUUCUGCACAUCAAAGGGUCAAUUUCCCAGAUGGAUCACAACCCCCCAUUGUCAAGGUUUCUGAGCUGAUUUCAGAGAAUUUGUUGCACAUACUGAGACAAGAGUCAAAGGGGAAAAUUCCAGGCAGCCAGAGGAAGACCAGUCCUCUUCUUCUGGGUCUGUCUGUUUUUCUGGUGUCCAGGAAUUGCAUCAUCAACCUUGGACUCAGAGGUUUGGCUGAGCUUUGUCGUCUGGUGUCUUCAGAGACCGCAGCAGACACAAAUAGCCUGAACGACAGCUUGAACGACGCUAUCGCGCAUCCACAACAUGCCGUGAUGGGUCUGAUGAACCUUUGCGCCCAAGAGAGGGUGUCGGAGCUCGUCCUGCUCGUUCCUCUGCUCCUCAGACUCAGACAGACAGGUGCUGAUGCAUCAAGAGUGGGUCCAGCAGUUGAGGAACAGAACUGGUCCGGACUCGAGGGCGUCGAGUUUAUCAAGUUCAGAGAGAACAUACGAGUCCACCCUGACAAAAGGAAGAUUGUGCUGAGUUUAAUUGAGACGCACUCAUCUACAUCUCCAGAGAUGCCUCAGGUUCUGGUCAGCUGGUCAUCUCUGGUGGCAUUUGAGGAUCUUCCUAAAUUCUCAGAAUUGACUUCGAUUCCUGCAGAACACCUUAUCCAGAGUCUUUUAUACAGGCUGAGAAAAUGUGUACAAAGGAUAAAUAAAAACGGAGCACAGGACGAUGUGAAGAAUGCUCAAAACGCAUUGGCCCAUACGCUGCUGAAGGUGGAAAAGGAGAAGGAAAGACUGAUUGAUUCCACAAAUGUCAAGCAGAUGUUCCUGACCAGCGAGAGUUUGGCAAAGAACACCUGCAGACUUGUGCGCCUCGUCCAGUGUUACCAGGCCGCGGUUCUGUCCUUCCAGCUCGUGGUGAAGAUGGCAGAGAUCGUGGAAGGUUCUCUGAAAAAACAGCACUCCCCACAGGAAGAAAAGACGUUCCAUGAAACUCUACGUGACAUGCAGCAGCAAAUCAGUCAGUGGAGAGAUGAAAUACUGGAAAAACCCCUUUUGACGCCAUCCAGCACCCUCAGCUACCCAAAGGAAAUUGAGAUGUGGGAUGCACUGUGGACGUUGGAAUUCUGUGACGGAGAAGUUUCAUCGCAGUGGAGAGUGAGACUGAAAAAAGACCUGAACAAGAGGAUUUCCAAGGCAAGCGACGUGGAUAAAAUAAUGAUCUGCUGCCAGUAUUUAUCGGCGGUAGCCAUAAGGAGAAGCCACGACACACUACAGACCUGUUAUGAGCAGUGUCAGUCUGCUAUAAGGAACAUUUGCCAGAAAGGACAUGAAGGAGAUAUAAUGCGCAGUCUGACAUCGAAAGUGCCGGAUCUCCCUGAAGUCAUCACAUCUGCUUUUGUGCUCGAGUCAGCAACACGCUUCAGAGACAAUCCUGUCGUCCAGCUGCUUGAUCCACAGUCUGCCGUUAACUACCUGCUGUCUCAAGAUUGGAAAUCAAUCCGUGUGGAUGCCACGGCAGCGCAGGUAAUCAACAACAGUACAUCGUCACUGGGAUCACUGGUGGAGUCGCUGCUUCAAGGACAUGUGCUGCUGGGACAACUACAGACCUGCCUGAAACACAAAGAACAAUUUAAGAGACUUUACCAGCAGUACAAGAAAAAGGCUCCACAUGAAGGGAUUCCUGCUGAUGCACAGUUUAUUCUGGCUCAGAGAGAAGAGGAUCUGAACUCGUUCAUGUACCAGAAACAGCAGAUGGAUACGCUGAUAAAGAUGAUUGCAAAGGUUGCAGAAAGCAUCACAGUUCCUGAGAUGUCACUUCUGGAGGAGCAGCACAACAAAGACCUGCAGACUGUGAGCUUGAACAAACUGGUUCUUGUUCAGCCCCUCGACAGUCAGGGAACAGUGAGGAAGACGGGCUCACCUCAAAUCUGGUAUAACAACAGUAUGAAUGUCUUAAAAAUGGCCAGCGAAAUGCACAAGCUCUAUCAAAGCCACCUGGUUCUGUCCUCAUGGGUCAGACGGGCUGCUGCUGUGGCAACACUGGGCCAACACAGGGUGGUCCCCGUUCUAGUAACCCUGACACAGAUCUGUGACAACAUCUGGAAGCCGCUGUUGACAUAUUUCGUUCAGACCGGUGUUGGUAUUGCAAAUGCAAGCAUCACGUUCAGGCAGCUGGAUCGGGUUUUGAUGGAGUUGGGUGACCUGGGAGAUUGGACAAUGCUGAGGAAGGAGCUGAGUCUGAUGUCAGAGAUGUUUUGCUCACAGGAGAAGUUAAACCUUGAGGCAAGUUGGAUGGACCAGAGACUUGUUCAGAUCCAGGAUUAUCUCCAUCUCUAUGAGGCGGCUGCUGCAGCCAGCGUGAUCCUGAAAAUAGCUGAGAACAUGAAACUUUCCGGGGACUUCGCUGAAAUCGAAACCCUCACUCAAAUGGAAGAAGAUACCUUUAAGGAGAGGGUUCUUGGGUCUCUUAAUGAAGACUUGUUACGUGCUAAGGACCAGCUGUCUACAGUCUCCAAGCAGCACACAGCCUGUCUGGAAGAGUUCCUCAAAAGCCAGGCUCUGGUUAGCUGGGUCAAAGAGAACCUUAAAAGUAUGAGUGACGUGAAGGUUUAUGUUGACCUAGCUUCAAUUUCUGCUGGAGAGAAUGACACAGAGAUUGACCAAGUGGCCUGUUUCCACGAUGCCGUGAUGGGCUAUGCCCCUCUGAUCUACUCCCUGUCCCCUAAAGAUGGAUUUGAGGAGUUUAUGAGCUGUGCCCAACAGGUGUGGGAUGCCCAAAUUCGAGACGAAAAGCUUCCUGACAAAUUGAGUGAUUCUACUCGUUUGCUGAGCUGGUUGAAAGGUCUGAAGGAGACCCACGGCUCUGUGGAACAGUCCUCUCUCUCCUUGGCAUCGUCUAUUAAUGCCCAUGGAGUUUACUAUGUAGGAUGGACCAAAGAAAACACAGAGAUGAGAUGCCUCGAAAACAUGGUGAUGGUCAAAGUUAAAAAGGGCAAAGAGGAGAAGAGCUACAAGCUUGAAGACCUUGUGGAGCUGCAGAACAAACUCAUGCUCAUGUCAUCGAAAGGGGAACACGGCAGGGAACAAGUCAAUCAUUUCACUGAGGUCUUUGAAGCAAUUCAGAGACUGGCUGCUGUUCUUCUUCAGAUGCAAACAUCAGGCAACAUGCUUUUCAGAGAAUGGCACACUCAGGUCCGGUGCUGCUCCCAAGAGCAGGAACCAUGCAUCAGAAUAGUCUUUUUAUCCCUGAAUGGUAAAGAGUUGGUGUUCCACGGCGAAGUGAUGGAGCAGCUUCGGAAGGUGGCACACUCCAUGGAAGCCUGCCACAAAGAAUGGCGUUCUUUCAUCAGUGAGAUGCGCUCUGAGUUCAGCUUGCUGAAUCACUACUCCUCAGAGCAGAUGGUGUACAUGUGCCACUGGAUCCACAGAGUGUGUGAACGGCAGGCCUCAGUUCCUCAACAACUGUGGCAUUUACUUUACCCUAUAAAACCUCAUUGCACCUUAACAGAUAUCAGAGCCAAUUAUGCUGAAGCGACAAAAGUCACUUUAGUUCCCAAGCUUCAGAAUGAUGCAUCAAAUGAUGACUAUCAGGAUGAUGAUGAUGAUGACGAUCAAUAUUUUGAACCUACUACAGAUGUAACUGAUCCAACAUGGCACAGCAUGAACUUUGAAAAGGUUGAGGACUUGAUUGAGUUUUCCUCAGAGGAUGAAGAUGCUGUUAUGGAGUACUCACCGCUGAGUCAGUGCAACCGUUCAGCGAGGGCAGAAGACGAAAGUCUUGAGAACCUCUGGCAGCGCUUCAAAGAGAACAUGUCACAGUUCCUCGAUGAGUGUUUGGACAUACCAACUCUUGCCAAGUUUCUCUUAUGCCUCUCUGACAUCACCCAGCAGCACAUGAUAAGAAACCUUCCACCUGUUCUUCAGGAAGGAAAGCCCAACCUCGUUCUUUGUUCUAGUGCUGAGGUUUUUACUACCCUCCUGUCUUUUUACAUGGAGAGUCCAGAGCAGCCGCUGCCAUCGACUGAUGAGGUGCUGGUCUGCAGAGAGGAGACCACGGAGGAGGAAGUAGAGAUUUUUCUCCGUCGAGCUCUGAGUCAAGGCUCCAGACUACACCUGCAGAAGAUACAUUCUCUUGUCAAUCCGGGUCUGUUGAGCUAUGAUGUCAGUGUGACAUUGGGAGAGCUUUUUGAGCUCUUUGAGAAAAAUGCCAACCCACAAUAUCGUUUGGUGAUAGUCAGUCCAACUGAGCAGCAGCACAGAUAUGUACCGUCUUUCUUCAGCAGUGACAAAGUCCAGGCGGGUGUGAGUAUAGAACCUGAGACAGCCAAGAAAUAUCUACGCCAUCACUUCACACAAAACACACCCCCACAAAACCCUGUUGGGUUGAUUUCACCGAAUCAACUGUCCGUCUGGGUGGUGUCAUCAUUACGGCCCGCCGUUGGGAAAUCCCUUUAUGUGGAUCGUUUGUUUGAGAAGUUCAAGCGGAAUUCUCCGCAGGCAAACCGUAUCAGGAUACGAUUGAUUGAGCCAUGCAUUGAUGUAGACGCCUUGAUUAAGAUUCUGUCAGAUAAACUGGUCCCGCUGACAGAGGAGGACCCCGUUCUCCUACAUAUCGACACUGCUGGUGUUUGCUCUGGUUUAGACGAGUUCCUUUUCUGUUUGUUAGUUCUCGGCUGUUUGAGUGACAGCCAGGGGAUGCUGUGGAGAAGAAACGCAGCUCACCUGAUCACCAUUGAGGUCCUGAGACCACAUACGUCUUCGCAAAGCCAAGGAAAGCAGCUAAGGCUUGGACUUUUUGAUGUUCUGCCUACCAUUCUUUGUAGACCUCCAAAAGAGGUGAAGCAGUUGUUGGCGAGUAGAUGGAUGUCAACCAAAAGGAUCCUUGACCCCAACAUGGAUGAUCAGGAGUUUUGCAGUGAGGGCAUUCAAAGGCCGUGUCAGUACUUGAAGCUUUACAACAAAAGGCAGAGUCUAGAUAAUUUUAAGUACAAGGAAGGUUCUGGAAUUGAGGAUCCCAUUGAUUGUCUCGACCACCUUCUGUCAAACUGUGGAAUGCAAAAUCCAUCUUGGGCUGAACUGAAAAACUUCUCUUGUUUCCUUAAUGUGCAACUGAAAGACUGUGAGAACUCAAUUUUCUGUGAUCCUAAUUUUCUGGGUGAUCACCUGCCUGGUUUCAAGAACUUCAUUGUGAAAUUCAUGAUCCUGAUGGCAAGAGAUUUUGCAUCACCGUCUCUGAACACUUCAGAUGAAAGCCCUUUGCACAUUGGUGACAUCCAAGAGGAUGACCUUCUUGCUCGUCUGACAAUUCGGAAACAUUGGGAAAAUGAGCCCCAUCCGUACAUUUUCUUUAAUGCUGACCGAUCCUCAAUGUCUUUUCUUGGCUUUGAUGUGAAGCAAAAUCCAAGAACAAACAGACUCAGUGCAGUUGAUUCACACACUAAUGAGAUCCUGAUAGAAGAUGUGAUGACAGACAAACUUUAUCAAGGAUUAGAGCGCCAGGGGAUAUCUCUCUGUGAGGACUUUGAUCUGCUGUCCCGACCAGACAAAAUCAGAAGGAUAUCAUAUGUUGUUGGUGCAAAGAAAGGAAUGAUGAAAGGAGGAUUUGAUCCAGAUCCAACAUACGAGCUUACUGCAGACAAUGUUAUGAAAAUGCUGGCUAUACACAUGAGAUUCCGGUGUGGAAUUCCUGUGGUUAUCAUGGGCGAAACUGGCUGUGGAAAAACCAGAUUAGUCCGUUUCCUGUGUGCUCUGCAACGUGAAGGAAAACCAGUGGAGAACAUGGUACUUGUCAAAGUUCAUGGAGGGACUACAGCUGAGGUGAUCUACAGGAAGGUGAGGGAGGCAGAGGUACUUGCUCAGAAGAACCUCGAGAUGCAUAACCUGGACACCAUUUUGUUUUUUGACGAGGCCAACACCACAGAGUCCAUUUUUGCUGUCAAAGAAGUCUUAUGCGAUCGAUCAGUCGAAGGCGAGUCUCUGAAGGCAGGCAGUGGCUUGAAGAUAAUAGCUGCAUGCAAUCCUUACAGGAAGCAUUCGCCUGAGAUGGUGAAGCAUUUGGAGCGUGCAGGCUUAGGUUACAGAGUGAGAGCAGAUGAAACACAAGACCGCCUCGGUAAAGUCCCCCUGAGGCAGCUGGUGUACCGAGUUCAUCCUUUACCGCCAAGCAUUGCUUCUUUGGUGUGGGACUUUGGUCAGUUGAAUGAUUUAACUGAACUUUCCUACAUCAAACAGAUAGUCCAAAAAAAAGUUGACGAAUACUAUUUGCCGGUGAGCUGCACAAGCAUAAUUUCAAAUGUACUGGCAGCUUCCCAGAAAUACAUGCGGAGCCGGAAAAAUGAAUGCAGCUUUGUGAGUCUCAGAGAUGUGGAGAGGUCCAUGAAAGUCCUAGUUUGGUUUUACCAGCACAGUGGAAUCUUGUUUCCCAGCCGUCAGCUCACCGAAGCUCAGAAAACAAUUAAGUGUUUGAUUCUUGCAGUGGGAGUUUGCUACUAUCCAUCUCUGGUGUCAAAAGAAGAGUAUCUCUCUGAAAUUAGUACACACUUUCCAGACGCCCUUCACUCUCCUUCAGCAUUGCAAGAAGAAAUUUCAUCAUGUCAAGACUUUUUCCUUGAGAACAUACAAACAAGGGAAACCAUAGCCAAAAAUGUAGCCUUGAAGGAAAAUGUUUUUCUCAUGGUGGUUUGCACUGAGCUCAGAAUCCCUCUUUUUUUGGUUGGUAAGCCAGGCAGCUCGAAGUCGCUUGCUAAAACCGUGGUUGCCGAUGCCAUGCAGGGCCAGAACUCCCACUGUGAAGUAUUCAGGAAGCUCAAGCAGGUUCAUAUGGUUUCCUUCCAGUGCAGUCCUCACUCAAGUCCUGAGGGCAUUAUAGGGACCUUUAGAAACUGCGCUAGGUUUCAGAAGGACAAAAACAUGGAUGAAUAUGUAUCAGUAGUGGUGCUUGAUGAGAUAGGGUUAGCAGAAGAUUCCCCUCAGAUGCCUCUGAAGACACUUCAUCCUCUCUUGGAAGAUGGUUGCAUUGACAACGACAAGCCAGAUCCACAUAUGAAGGUUGGCUUUGUCGGCAUCUCCAAUUGGGCGCUUGACCCAGCAAAGAUGAACAGAGGAAUAUUUGUUUCCAGAUGGGAUCCUAGUGAGGAUGAGCUUGUAGAAACUGCCAAGGGAAUUUGUUCAUCUUCUAACCAAGUUCUCUUGAAAAUCAAGCACCUCUUCCCACCUCUGGCUAAGGCCUUCUUGAGCAUCUGCAAUGAGACAUCAAAGAAUCAGUUCUUUGGUUUAAGGGAUUAUUAUGGCCUUGUCAAAAUGCUCUUUGCUACAGUCAAAUCCUCACAACAAGAACCAGAUGACAGACAGCUGGUGGAGGCCAUUUUGCGUAACUUCAGUGGACAACCAGAGGAUUUCGAUCCUGUCAUGUUUUUCCAGGAUGUUCUACAAAAUCUUACAGAAAUUCCAAGGCCAAGCACCUUGCAAAUGGUGGCAAAGAAUCUUGAUCAAAAUAACAGCCAGGAAAGUCGUUAUCUUCUUUUGUUGACUGUCAACAAUGCAGCUCUUCAUAUUCUUCAGCAACAUAUCUUUGCCAAAGGAGACUGUUCAUCCCCUGAAAUUGUCUUCGGCUCAGGGUUCCCGAAGGACCAGGAAUAUGCUCAGGUCUGCCGCAACGUGAACCGAGUGAAAACAUGCAUGGAGACUGGGCGUACUGUCAUCCUUCUCAACAUGCAAAACCUGUAUGAAAGUCUGUAUGAUGCCUUGAACCAGUACUACGUCUACCUCAGUAAGCAGCAGUAUGUGGAUCUGGGUCUUGGAUCCCACAGAGUGAAAUGUCGCGUCCACACAAACUUCAGACUGGUGGUAGUAGAGGACCAGAAGAAGGUCUAUGAGCACUUUCCAGUGCCCCUCAUCAACAGGCUUGAGAAACACAGAGUGAACAGGAGUACGGAUCUGACACUGUGGCAACAUGAGGUUCUCCAGAAACUGAAAGAGUGGGUGAAGGACUUCUCAGGUGAGGCCUCAGACGAUUUCGCCCUGUCUGAUGUUUUUGUUGGCUUCCAUGGUGAUGCGUGUGCCAGUGCUCUCUUACAAGCACUAGAAAGGAGAACACAAAAAGUAAAGAAUGAUGAAGUAAGACAGCAGCAACAGAGUGAAAAAGAGGAAUUGUUGGAAAAAGUUGACGAAACACCGGAGUUGGAUUCUACCACCAAUAAAAAGACAUCUGAUGAGGAAGAAGCCUGCCACCUGGCUGAGGCAAUGGACAUAAAUAUUGCUGGAAAAGACCAAGAAAUGGCUUCAGAUGGAAAAAUUAAUGAUGAAACUGUUGCUAAUGACACAAGAAUGAAGUGCAUACCAAACAAAACAGAAGAACCAAUGGAAACAGAAAACUCUGAGUCUGCUGAGGAAAACGAAGAGGAAGAAGUCUUUGAAAUAGCCAAAUGUCUCUUCUUGAACUGUGCAACUCCAGACUCUGUGAUGAGGUUAAAGUAUUCUGAUUUAGCCAAACAGGAGAAAUAUGGACUCCAGAGAAUGUAUUUCCACCAACAGCAUCAUCACUCAGUCCAAGAUUUCCUCAAAGAUUGCCUGAAGAAGCAUCAAGGCUCCAGUAUGUUUCUCGAGAUAACUACAUUCUCCAGCUUGUUAACCAGAUCAGAUGUCAGGGUUGUGGCUCAGGCUCUGCAGCUGCAAACACAUGCAAUCAUGCUGCUGUCCCUACACCAGUUUGACACAGAGGUGUCCUUCUGCAGCAAAAUAAGGGGCUUUCUUCAGGAUUCGGGUCAAUCCCUGAACAUUCUGUUAAUUCAGAUGGAUCUUGAGGAAUCCCACUGCAGUGACGAGCUCAUAGCAUCAGCAAAGUAUUGCACCAUGAAUUAUGUGAUGUCACAGGAUGAUCAGACCUGCUGGGUGAUUUUUAUUGUGAAGGUUUCCAGGAUCCCCAGUCAGUCUCAGUACAUCGGUUUCCAAGGAGGCUUGUGGCAGUCGGUACACAUUGAUGACCUGAGGGAUUCAGAGGACAUGAGCACCAACCUUCUAGUUUUCUGUGGAACUCUUAUUAGUGAUCUACUCCGGCCUGAGCCAUCAGCAGGAGAACAACAUGCAGAUGGACAAACAAUGGCGAAAAGACAAGACUCUGUGGCAGAUGUGGUCCACCUGCACAGUUUAUCUUUAGUGAUGUCCUGCAUCCAUAAAGCUGUGGGUUUGCUGAGGGACCCUGAGGGAGUGACAUCACGAAGCAUGCAAAGGAUGCACAUCCUUCUGACGCUUCUGAGAAAGAAUCAGGGACACAUCGGAGCUCGCUUUCAGGAGGUGUUGCUGGCCAGGGUGGCAAAGGUUUUGGCUCAGAGGGAAGGAAGGAUGCCCUCGCCUCAGGAGUGGGUGAACCAAGAAGCUAAGAAACGCCAGGCUCUGCAGGAGGGAGGAACUCUGAGGCACACAUUGUGGCGCCACCUUCAGUCCAUUGUGACUCCGAUCUUGGCGAGUAUGUUGGAGGUUCUGGACAGGUAUGCCGGUCUGGACUUGCUCUCUGAUGACAGGCUCAGCGUUGGCCUUGUGGGGCUAUGGUUGGACAUUCUGGCAGACACACAGAUUUUAGACCUAACACCUCUCCAGAACUCAAGUUUGACUGACCAGGAGGUGCUCGUGAGCCACUUCUUCAUGUUGAAUGGUGAAGAAGAACCAAGUGCUGCCCCCUUCAGCUGGCUCAUCGAGAUGAACCUUAAAAGUUUGUGGGAAGAAUCUGAAUUUAUUCCAGCGACCAGAGAGGACGCCACAGAGCGUAUUCUCCAGUUUGUGAACACCUUCAGCAACAGCAGGUUGGGUCGCUUCCUUGAAAAACUCUCAUGCGAUGAGCAGCUAGAAUAUGGUCUCCAUUUUCUACAAGACGUUUUGCUUCUGUCUCUGAAGCUCGAGUCAAAGAAUGAACUUCGGGUGUUCACCGGGGCCUUGCUGGGUUGUGUGUCUGAGCUUCAGAAGUCCACGGGCAGUGUCUCUGAGCUUUCUCCUGCCUGGGUGAUGGCUGCCGCCAAAUAUUUCGCCCCCCGACUGGAGACACUACAUCACGUAUUACUACUGCAGCCGCAGCUCACUGCUGAUAUCUUUCAGCAGGGGUCAACGAGGGAACCUGCUGAAAUGGUCGAGGACAUUUUAGCUCUUGGCCUGUGUGUUGAGCAGACAAAGAUACUGACUGUGGCGUCCCUUCAGGAGUGUGAGUCGUUUGUGCGCAGAGUGGAGUUUCUGCAGCCGUGUUUCCAUAGAGCCUUUGGCCAGAAGUACAGCGCCCUCUGCAGCCCUGGAUGUCUACAAACUCUGGACUGCAUCAGAUCACUGUGGCACGGCGUGCUGGUUGGUUCGCUGUUCGUCCAACAUGUCGUUUUUAAGGUUGCUCCAAGAGACUCGAGGCUGAAAGAGGUGGCUCUGAGACACUGCAGCUUGCUCCUGAAUCUGAUGCAGGAAUCGUCUGUGAUAAGGAACCUGAACACGCUGCAGCAGCUGAUCCGCAUCCUGAACUCUUUUCACAACGAGUCCCUCAGCAGAGACCUGAGGUUUGGCAUUACUUGUCCAGUGUGCCUGUUGGAGCUCACCGAGCCAUCUGUCCUGCCCUGUCAGCACGUCAUUUGUCUGUCUUGUCUCCAAUUGUGUAUUCACCAGCAAAGACAUUUCUGUCCUAAAUGUAGAGCUGUACUACCAGCCGACUACCAGCCGACUGUUUCUCACGCCGUCAAGGUGGCGCUGGAGCAGCAGGCGGCAGUCCGGCGGUGCUGUAACACCUUCUUCCUGGAGGUCGUGUCCCGGUUCUGUCUGUGUGAGGGCCAGAAGCCUGCUGACGGCGUUGUGGAGCUGCUCUUCUCAUUACUCGUCUCCGCUAACGGAAACGUGUACAGGACGAGAGAACUCACGCCAUUCCUGGAAUGUGUGGAUAACAGUCCAGUGGUCCGAUCCGUGCUGCCCAAACUCCUGUUACAGUACAGUUUCAACCAGGUGAAGGUUCACAUUCAGACCUACCUGAAGGAUCUGGAGGAGAAUCUUUUGGACUCAGAAGACCGAUCUGAACUCUACCUACUGUUUGUUAACUGUUUCCAGGACUCUCUUUUGUGCUCGGAUGUGGAGCAGCAGAGAGAGACCCAGGUUCGAUUCCUGAGCAGGAUGGCCCGGAAACAGACUCCAGACAAACAAGAAGAUCCUGCGGAGUUCCUGCUGAGUUUCGCCAGACUACGACUAUGUCUGAGCACCGCGGCUCGUCUACUACAGAAAACCACAGCUCAGAUGCACGAGGAGGCUGAUGAGUUCCUGCUGCAGGUGAAGGCGGUGUGCAGUUACUCUGGAAACGAUUGGCUCAGAGUGUUCCUGGUCCGAGCCCUCCACAGACUCUCUGGUUUGGACUCCAUCCUGGCCCUGAUGAACAGUCCUUCCUGGAGCUGGAUCUUCCCGUCAGAACUCCUUCGACUUCAGAGGAUGAUUCCAGUCCAAAUGGAUCCGUUCCUAUGCUGUGGGCCACUGUACCGGACCCUGAGGAACGCUGUGGGCAAGGUUCUGUUGGAAAACAGAACAGACAUCCUUAAAACACAAAUAAAGAAGUUGAAGGGUUCUCAGUCUGGCCUCCUGGGUCUGGUCCUGUUCCGACAGGUGACCUGCCGCUACAGAUCACCUGACAGCCUGCAUCCUUCCACAGAGGAGAUAACGAGACUGGACCAGGUCCUGGAAACCAUCAGGUCCGAGGAGUUGAAAGAGUUUUGUUCUGCCCUUCUGUCCAAUCACAUCGGUGGACCCAACUCACCUCUGCAUCUGGACCCUGGUCUUCCUGCUGACACUCGGACCCUGCUGGAGCUGCUGGUCCAUCUGGACUUUGUGCUCCUCACUGGGAACCCCCUCCUGGUUCCUCUCUACCACAUCGCCUUUCAGCCUGAGAAUGUUACACACUCCUUUCUGCCCACCAUGCCUGAUGAUCACACCGGUGAGGCCCGACAGUGGCUGAGUGAUAAGAAGUUGGUGAUGUACUACUGUGCCAAAGGUCACGCCUGCUUUGUUGGAGAGUGUGGGAGACCCAUGGUCGUAUCCAAAUGUCCUGACUGUGGAUCUCAAAUUGGGGGUCAGAGUCACAACCCGGUCCACGGAUUUACAAAACACACAGAAGGCAGGGUUAGAGACCAGACUCGGACCGGACAUGUGCUUGGAGAAGCUCAUCAGCGGUCUGAAGCUCCUGACCGCCAGCUGACACACGCUCAGUCCUGCAUCCUGCGGCUCCUAACGCACCUUGCUAUGCUGCAGGGUGCCAUCAGAAACACCAGAGGAGUCGGUGAUAUGAUCCACCCGAGGACGCCGGAUGUUUUUACGUUCUUGUGGAACCACCUCAAAAUGGACCUGAACGUUUUGGGGCAGAUGCUGGAUCAGAACAUGGACAACACGGCGCUUAUCGUUCAUAUGAUUCUCAACACCUGCACAACAUGUUCCCACCAUGCGAGAGGAGAUCUGUCCUCUAGACAGGAACGGCAAAACUGGGAGAAGCAAGUCUGUGAUUCUGCUGUUAAUCCAAUCCUGCAAAACAUGUCGAAGCAUCUCGCUGAAGCCCAGGAGAGAAUCUCCACCGACGAUGGUCUUGUUGGCAGCCCCUUAAUGACUCUGCUUUUCGGGGAUCCAGGAACUAUGUUGUCCCUUCCUUCCGACUGUCCAACACAUCGCUCGUCCUUCUGGACUCUACCCGAGACAAUGACGGUGGCGCGUUUCUCUCAGUUGGUGGGAGAAUCACAGAAUUGCGGCUCUUUACCGCUGCUCACCCUCUUCCUUCAGAAGAUACGCUGUGUGAGACAGUUACAUCAUCUGCCCGAGCUGGCUGCUCUGCAGUCGGACCUGCUGAGGGUUUUCCCAACAGAUCCCACAUCCGAGACGAUUUCACAGACAUUACAGCAGAUCCCAGCAGGGUACCAGAAGAACACACUGCUCGGCAGAGUGAAACGAUUCAUGACUGUGUGGAACUACCUCCGAUCAGAGGUGGCAAACAACUCUGCAGGUUUGGGUAUAGACGUCAGCCUGUGUGGAAAAGAGCUGACAACUGAGAGCUCUGGAGCAUUCCUGACACCGUGUAGACAUGGACCUGGAUCAUGUCUUGGAACGCUGGUGGAAUUCCUGUCUGAUACUCAAAACAUCCUGGUGAGAGAAUCCAGGAAACUGAGUCGCCAAGAGGACAGUGAAUACAGCGUUCCGUUAGAGGGGAUAUCAGAUACCCAGCUCACCGUGUGCCAUCCAGAGAGAGAGCUGAUCCCGCUGGUUUUAGCCCACUGCCACUACACCCUGAAGAAAGGUUGUGAGACAGACAGCACUUAUGAUCUGCCGGGGAUUCAAACCCAGCUGGCCCGUCGCUUCCUGUCUGGGAAGCCACUUAUCCAGACGGACACCUCGAGGUACUUGAACAGAAGCCUACAAGAUUUUUCUGUGGUUCUAAAUGAAGUCAGAGAGAAGAUUCCUCAGGAACCCCUGAAGGGUUCAGUGAGUGGCACCAUGAGGACGGUGCUGCGAUCAUACACCGAUGUUUGUGAUGCCGUGUUUGUGGUGGAGAUUGGUCUUCGCUUCCUUGGCAAGACAGGAGGGCAUCCUCAAGACCAACUUUUGUCCUACCUCACUGAGUCUCUGCAGAUGCGUUCACAGAUUUCCAGAACUGUAGCCAAGUGUCUUGGAGAGAGCAAAUUGGAGCAGUGCAUUUCCACCUGGCAACUCCUGGCCUGUUGGAAAUCUGAGCUAAUACUAACCAGAAAGCAAGAUCCAUUUCAGAGGAUUCCGUCUGACUUCCAGCAGAAACUGUCUGAGGAGGAGAGGAAAGCGCUGAAGAUGUUCCUCGCAGUCACAGAUGUUGAAAGUUUCUCCGUGGAGCUGCAUGAAAUUUUGCUGCUGAAGACGAGCCGCUCCGUUCCAGAGCAGGGUUACGAACCGCACUGGGACAUCAGGUCCACUUUAGAGGUCCAUUUGGAGCAGAAAGAGCUUCCACCUCUGCUGGGUCUCGACUCCUUUCCAGAAGACAUCACCUUAGCAAAAGCAGCUGACGUGUGGAAGGUGGCUGUGCAAUUUAAAAGGCGAUAAACAUUUUUGCAGGCUGCAGAAUUGUUUUAUUUUUAA